AUGAAGCCCAGUCCUCCAGUUUCAUUAUCCCGUUCUAAGGAAUUCCUGACCCAGGUCAGCACAGAACUCGCUGAUGAGGCCUUGUUUAUCGCUAGCUACCACAUGAAACCCAUGCAUACCAAGGAAAAACAGACACAAGACUGAGGAACUCAGAUCUCCAAACAUGUGUUCUUCACCAAGACCUGAGGCACCAAUACCCGCCUUUCUUUUCCUUUCUUCUCUACCUCUGACAGAAACCAUACCCAUAUCAAGGCACACCUCCUGCCAUCCCCUCGUGAUAAGGGAACUCUGCCUAGCAGUUUGACAUCUGGAGGAUGAUCCCAACCCUCUGUGGUGCUGCUUUUGGGCUCUCAUGCCUUGCCCCAUUCUGUCCCUAUAGAACAUGCCUCAAAGCUCCUCUUUCAGAACUCAUUAAAUACUUGGGUUUGGGGGUGAUUCAUAGUCAUGAGCAGCAUCACCCCUUAAGCUUCCAAAAUGUUCUGGAACCAGCACACACCUCUCCAUCCUCAGCUGGCAACACCACUACCAGAAAUCAAAGGCUUUAAUAAAAACACAGAGAUCCUGCCCUCCUCCCAA